UGGCGCGUGCGCACCUCUUCUUUCUUUCGACUUGGCUACUCGUGUCGUAGCUUUUGCGGGUCCCCGCGGCGUCGCUCCGACCGUCGCUAUGGUGAAGCUGAGCAAAGAGGCCAAGCAGAGGUUGCAGCAGCUCUUCAAGGGCGGGCAGUUUGCCAUCCGCUGGGGCUUCAUCCCUCUCGUGAUUUACCUGGGAUUUAAGAGGGGUGCGGAUCCUGGAAUGCCUGAACCAACCAUUUUGAGGUUUAAUUUCUCUCUCCUCUUCACAAACAUUUUAGCCUACUUUGGGGAUGAAGGACUAUUUGGUCAUCUGGAUUUGGAAGCAGUCAUGGACAGGAGAAACAUGGAAGGUGUGCACGCCGGCUGGGAUAAGAAAUGGGACAUCGUUCAGACUUUCACCAUUUGGGUGGCACAGGGCUCCUACUUAACUGAUGCAUCUCUGGCUGAGUGGAAUCUCUUCUGAGUUAUUUAUGAUAGACUGUAUCAAAAUAAAUGUUUUGAACAACA